CCCAGAGUGACUGAGUGAGUGCUCUGUAGCCUCUCAGUCAGUCGCUGCUACGCGCCAAGAGAGAAGCAGAGGGAGCCCCACCAAAUUCUCUUGCUUUUCUUCGUCACGCUCGUUUCUUCUUCUCCCUCAAGAGCAAAACUAAGGCCCCAAAAGCCUGAAGCUUCACAGCUUCAAUGGCGGAUCCUAGGGUUUCUACCGGUCCAACCCAUGUCCCGAACCGUCCGCAAGCCGGUAUCAUAUCCAGAAUCCGCCUAGAAAAUUUCAUGUGCCACAGCAAUCUCGAAAUCGAGCUUGGCGACUGGGUCAAUUUUGUCACUGGUCAAAAUGGAAGUGGGAAAAGUGCUAUAUUGACGGCGCUCUGUGUAGCAUUUGGGAGCCGGGCUCGUGGCACGCAAAGAGCAAAUACAAUGAAAGAUUUUAUAAAGACUGGCUGCAGCCAUGCACUUGUUCAAGUUGAGAUAAAAAAUCAAGGAGAAGAUGCUUUCAAGCCAGAAUUGUAUGGAGACUUCAUUAUUGUGGACCGUAGAAUUUCAGAAUCAACAAGUUCCAUCAUAUUGAAAAACAGUCAAGGUAGGAGGGUUGGUACCAGGAAGGAGGAUCUUCGUGAGAUUGUAGAACACUUCAAUAUUGAUGUAGAGAAUCCAUGUGUUAUCAUGAGCCAGGACAAGAGCAGAGAAUUUUUGCAUUCUGGGAAUGCAAAAGAUAAGUUCAAGUUCUUUUUCAAGGCAACUCUCCUUCAACAAGUGGAUGAUCUAUUAAAAGGUAUUGAAAAACAACUACAUGAUGCAAAGGCCCUGGUUAAUCAGUUGGAAGAGUCACUGAGACCGAUAUUGAAGGAACUGGAUGAAUUGCAAGAAAAGAUCAAAAGUAUGGAAUUUGUGGAGGAGAUAUUACAGCAGGUGCAGUUGUUGAGAAAGAAACUAGCUUGGUCAUGGGUAUAUGAUGCUGACAGAAAACUUGAUGCGCAACAUAAAUUGAUCGAAAAGCUAAAAGGAAGGAUACCCAGCUGCCAAGCACGGAUUGACAAGCAGCAUCACAAGAUGGAAGAAUUGGGCGAUAAAUUGUCAAAAAAGAAAAGUCAGAUAUCUAAUAUGAUAGAAAGGACAUCUGAAGUGAGAAGCAUGAAGGAGGAUUUGAAGCAGAACCUUUCUAUGGCUGUGAAGGAGAGACUUGAGCUAGAAAGUGAACAAAAUCGCAGGACUAGGCAAAUCCAGAAGAUGGUUGAACGGGUCAAAUUGCUUGAGCAACAGAUUCAUGAUUUGCAUGAGCAGUAUAUGAAAAAUACACAGGCUGAAGAGAAUGAGAUGGAGGAAAAGCUCAAGAAACUCCAAGUUGAAGUAGAUGAAGUUAAUGCUAACUAUCAGAGAUUGAAGGAAGAGGAGGAUGAAAUGGCACAAAGGAUAGCUAUGCUAGAAAAUGAAAUAGUAAAAAUUACCAAUCAGAUAGAAGAUGUUGAGAGAACCCAUCGAAAUAUUUCUUCGCGUAUCCGUGAGCUCCAAAUGCAUCAAAGAAACAAGGUUACUGCAUUUGGAGGAGGUCGAGUGGCCAGUCUCUUGCAGGCCAUUGAGCGGCAUCAACAUAAAUUUAGCAGCCCACCAAUUGGUCCCAUUGGUGCUCAUGUGAAAUUGGAAGAUGGAGAAAUGUGGUCUAUAGCUAUUGAAAAUGCAGUUGGCAGGGUGCUCAAUGCUUUCAUUGUGACAGAUCACAAAGAUGCCCGUAUUUUGAGAGCAUGUGCAAGGGAAGCAAACUAUAACCACUUACAGAUUAUCAUAUAUGACUUCUCCAGACCAAGAAUUGACAUUCCAAGACAUAUGCUUCCCCAGACUAAUCAUCCCACUGUAUUCUCUGUUAUGGACUCUGACAAUCCUACGGUGCUCAAUGCGUUGGUUGAUGUGGCUAGUGCUGAGAGGCAAGUGCUUGUUAAAGAUUAUGAUAUUGGUAAAAUUGUUGCCUUUGAUCAGAGGAUAUCAAAUCUGAAGGAGGUUUACACAUCUGAUGGGUACAAGAUGUUUUCCCGUGGUUCAGCCCAAACCAUUCUUCCCCCCAAUAAAAACUUGAGAGGUGGUCGUCUUUGUGGUUCAUUUGAUAACGAGAUUAAAAAUCUCGAAAGAGACGCAUUAGAAGCAAAAGAGAAUGUUCAAAAAGGCCGGGGAGUAAAACGUGGUAAGGAGGAAGACUUAAGGAAUCUUCGAGACAUGUUAGGCAGUGUGAAGAGAAGGCGUAUCCAUGUCGAGCGGCAACUUAGGACUAAGGAAUUUGAGCUGGAAGAUAUGAAAAAAAUGCUUGCCUCAGAAGCUAGUGCUGCACCUGCAUCUACUGUGGAUGAGCUUCACCGAGAGAUAUCUAAACUGCAUGAUGAAAUACAAGAAAAGGAAACUUUGCGGGAAGAACUUCAGAAGAAAGUGAAUGAAGCAGGAACUAAAGCUAAAGAGCUCAAAAUGUCGUUUGAAAAUCUGUGUGAGUCGGCGAAGUCCGAAAUUGAUGCAUUAGCAGAAGCAGAGAGCGAACUGAUGAUGAUAGAGAAAGAUCUUCAUGAAGCAGAAGCGGAGAAGAAAUAUUAUGAGGAACAGAUGCACUCUAAAGUCCUUGCCGAACUGGGAAAUGCAGAGGCCGAGUGUCGGGAUCUUGAACGCAGUUGUAAGGAAAGUCAUCGGAAAGCGUCAAUUAUAUGUCCUGAGAGUGAGAUUCAGGCCUUAGGAGGCUGUAAGGAAAGCGAUCCUGAGCAACUCAGUGCUCAACUUAGUAGGUUGAAACAAAGACUUGAGCGCGAAAGCCAAAGAUUUCCAGAAUCUAUCGAUGAUCUAAGAAUGUUGUGCGAGAAAAAAGAGCGUAAGAUAUCAAGAAAACAACAAACUUACAAAGCCUUUCGAGAGAAGUUGGAAGCAUGUGAGAAAGCCUUAGAAUUGAGAUGGAGCAAGUUCCAGAGGAAUGCAACUCUUCUGAAGCGGCAGCUAACGUGGCAAUUUAAUGGCCAUUUGAAAAAGAAAGGGAUAAGUGGUCAAAUCAAAGUUAGCUAUGAAGAGCAGACCCUCUCAGUAGAGGUAAAAAUGCCUCAAGAUGCAUCGAGCAGCUCUGUUCGUGACACUAGAGGGCUUUCAGGUGGCGAGCGUUCCUUUUCAACAUUGUGUUUCGCACUCGCACUUCAUGAGAUGACAGAAGCUCCAUUUCGUGCAAUGGAUGAGUUUGAUGUAUUUAUGGAUGCAGUUAGCAGAAAAAUUAGCCUGGACGCUAUAGUGGAUUUUGCAUUGAGUCACGGUUCACAGUGGAUAUUUAUCACUCCUCAUGACAUAAGUAUGGUGAAACAUGAUGAAAGGAUAAAAAAGCAGCAAAUGGCGGCUCCUCGUGGAUGACCAUCCCCACCUUUUCUGCAAAGUAUAUGCUGUACAUCCAACCCUAAGGUUCUAACAGGCAUCCAGGUUCUGCAGUUUCCAUUAUUGUCUGUCAUCCGUAAGGUUUACAUUCAACUAAUUUCUUUUUUGGUUCAGAUUAACAUUUAAGGUAUAGUAGCUAUGUUGCGAACCUUGUCUGUAAUGAUGUAAAGCUUAUCUAUUUUCAAGGUUUCGCCAUAAGCCGAUUGUUGUACACAGGAAUUGCCAAUGCCUGUAGGUUUUGCAUGCCUCUAGAGGGUGAGCUUAUUUGUUAUGAAUCACAUUGGCAAAUGACUACAGUUGGGUAGUCUUUGAUUCAUGUACAUCCCUCAACGUUCUAAUCA